UUAUCACACACCUACACACACAUACACACACACUCUCUCUCUCUCUCUCUCUCUCUCUCUCUCACACACACACACACACACACACUCGGCGGUGCGGAUCAGUUGCUCUGUCAUGGCGCAGAACGGGAUUACAGAGAAUGGAGAGGCGCUGAGUCUGAGUUUACCACAACCUCAGAAGAUCUCAGAAAUCAAACACACCAAGCUUUUCAUCAAUAACGAGUGGCACUGCUCUGUAAAAGGAAAGACCUUUGCUACAUUCAACCCUGCAACAGGUGUGAAACUCUGCGACGUGCAAGAGGCUGAUAAAGCUGAUGUGGACAAAGCAGUGGAGGCAGCGAGAGCGGCGUUAAAGCAGGGCUCAGCAUGGAGGAGGAUGGAUGCGUCAAGCCGGGGCCACUUACUGAAUGUGCUGGCUGACCUGCUGGAGAGAGAGCGCGGUCUGCUCGCUACCAUGGAGACUAUGGACACUGGGAAACCCUUUCUGCAGUCAUUCUUUAUUGAUCUGGAAGGAAGCAUCAAAACACUGAGAUACUACGCUGGCUGGGCUGAUAAGAUCCAUGGCAAGACCAUGCCAGUGGAUGAUAAUUUCUUGUGCUUCACCAAACACGAGCCGAUUGGUGUGUGUGGAGCAAUCAUUCCAUGGAAUUUUCCUCUACUAAUGUUCGUGUGGAAGAUCGCUCCAGCCUUGUGCUGUGGAAACACAGUGGUCAUCAAGCCAGCCGAGGAGACCCCACUGACAGCCCUCCAUGUCGGUGCGCUCAUCAAGGAGGCUGGCUUUCCUCCUGGAGUGGUGAACAUUGUGCCAGGUUUUGGCCCAACAGCAGGAGCAGCUAUUGCCAGUCACAUGGGCAUCGACAAAGUGGCCUUCACCGGCUCCACAGAGGUAGGUCAGCUGAUCAAAGAGGCAGCGGCGAAGAGCAACCUGAAAAGAGUGACGCUGGAACUGGGAGGAAAGAACCCCUGCAUUGUGUUUGCUGACUCAGACUUGCAGUUAGCAGUGCAGGAAGCUCAGAAGGGUGCAUUUUACAACCAGGGUCAAUGCUGCACCGCUGCCUCACGUGUGUUUGUUGAGGAGUGUGUAUAUGAUGAGUUUGUGAGACUCAGCGUUGAAAGUGCUAAGCGAAUCGUAGCUGGUGACCCCAUGGACCCCCGAACGACGCACGGCCCUCAGAUUAGCCAACAGCAAUUUGAUAAUAUCAUGGAGCUGGUGGAGAGUGGGAAGCGUGAGGGAGCAAAGUUGGAGUGUGGAGGAAACGGAAUGAAAGACAAAGCUCUGUUCAUCCAGCCCACCAUCUUCUCAGAUGUCAAAGACCACAUGCGCCUGGCAAAGGAGGAGAUCUUUGGGCCGGUUCAGUGCAUUUUGAAGUUUAAGAGUCAGGAAGAAGUGAUUGAAAGAGCAAACAGGACCCACUAUGGCCUGGCAGCGGCUGUGUUCACCCGGAGCGUAGAUCAAGCACUGAGUGUGUCCUCGGCGCUGGAGGCUGGCACUGUGUGGGUGAACUGCUACAACGCCCUCCAUGCUCAAUCACCUUUUGGUGGCUACAAGAUGUCAGGGAAUGGUCGAGAGCUUGGCGAGUACGCACUGGCAGAGUACACCGAAGUCAAAGCCGUCACCAUUAAACUCGGUGAGCAGCUGAAGAUUUGAGACGCCGUUGUUUGGAGCUGACCCUGGUGACCUCUCGUCCACCGUCCAUUUACAAAGCGCUUCGGAAACAUGGUACCUAGGAAUCAAACGGUCUGCACAAUGGACGUUAUGUUUCCCUCACUGAAAUGACUUCUUAUAUCUACAAGCUCUUUAUCUUCCAGUCUUUUUUAUUCUAUAUAGAUGUUAUGUACAGGAAAAAAAUGUUUAUAUAAUGUUUUUAUUUAAUCUGGAUAUCUUUGUCUCCAAAAAGAUUUGAAGACUACAAAUGUUUGUGUUUGCUUUGACAUGGUUAGUGAAUUCCUCCUCCUGCCUCUGUUUAUGCACUAGACUGGCUAAUAAUAAAAUUGACACAAUUUUCGACUUAUUCCAAAUGUAGCCAUUUAGCUAAGACAUGUAUGGUGUAUGAAGUUUGCUUCCUGGGUUUUGCCUAAGAGCUGUGAGGCUAAUAAAGCUAAAAGGUAAGGAUUAUAGCUAUGAGGUUAGCAUUUAUUUAUUUGUUUAUUUAGGCUCGCUGUCAAGUUCUCAAUCCACUAUUCACUUUUCAACUAUUCAGUGAAGCUAUCUAAGAAUGUUACAGUAGUCUAACCAUAGGAGAAUCAUUCUCAAGGCAUAUUAAAUGGACCCACAGUUAGAAUUACAUAAAUAAGAGAAAGGACAGAUUUAUUUUUUACUUGUUUCUGAAUGUAUAUGCAGAUAAUAUGGGGGGCGAUUUUGAAACAUUAAAUAUAUAUAU